AUGUUACAGGAUUUUCCUGAUUGGUUGAUUAGUGUGCGUAACCCGGUGGAACUCUUUACCCUCCAGCCGAGUUACAUCGUCAGUCAAGUUUACUGUAUCAUCGGAGCGUUUUUAUGCUUGGGACAUGCCCUACACCGAGGAGGUCGUUGGCCUUACCUUUGGUUUGGCAGUGUCCUCAGUGGUGUGUUAAUCGAAGGAAGCAUGUACUUCUCUCCGUACGGUGAUACUAUCUGGCUCAGCCCGACGGUGGCCGAUCUGUUUGGCCAAAAGAUUCCUAUCUUCAUAUUUUUCGUCUAUCCAUUUUUCUACUAUCAAGCAUUUUGGGCCGUUUCAAAACUAAGGCUCAAGUGUCGCUGGUCCGAACACAUCGCAGUCGGAAUGUUGGUGGUACUGUUUGAUCUGCCGUUCGACAUGAUCAGUAUCAAGUUUCUCCAUUGGACGCUGCACGAAACGGAACCGAUGUUGGGCGAAAGAGUCUACUCGGUGCCUUGUACACUGUUACUGUUCUUCGCGGUAACCACAUUUACCUUUUCUUACCUUUUCCACAAUAUGCGCAAAUGGUUGGACCCGGCAACACAUAACCGUUGGGCAUCUGGGCCGUUUCGCACGGAGCUAGUGGUAACGAUUGGUUCUGCCAGUCUUUCGUUGACCUUCGGAUCGGUCUUAUUCCUGGCGUUUAAUUAUCCGUUACACACGGUCCUUGGGAUUCCGAUAAAAGUCAUUGUAAUCGGGGUGUUCCUAUGUGUGCUGACGAUCUUCUGGAAGUUUGAUCGAAAAAGUAAUCGAAGCAGUCCAUCGGGCCAAUCAUUUGUGGAUCACAUUUUAAAUGGGUACAUUGUUGGACACUUUUUGCUUUAUCUGGGAUUGGCAAUCGUGCUUAAUCCCCAAAACGCUGUAUCUUCCGGAAGACAUCAACCGAUUGGUAACUGUAGCAACACUUCCUACGCAAAUACAGAUCUAUGCCUAGAUACGUACAACAGAAGGUACUAUGAUUUCCAUUGCGUUGUCAAGCCACCCAACGAAGGAGCCUACUGGUACACGAUCUGUGGUACAGCGUACGAGUAA